CUGUGCCGUCUUCCCGCCUGUGCCAGGGACCUGCCCAACUCUGGCCGCCAUGGCAUCACAUGAAGGCAAGCUUUUCUUCGGAGGGCUGAGUUUUGACACCAACGAGCAGUCACUGGAGCAGGUCUUCUCAAAAUAUGGACAGAUCUCAGAAGUGGUGGUCGUGAAAGACAGGGAGACCCAGCGAUUGAAGGGCUUGGGGUUUGUCACCUUUGAGAACAUCGACGAUGCCAAGGAUGCCAUGAUGGCCAUGAAUGGGAAGUCUGUGGAUGGGCGGCAGAUCUGGGUCGACCAGGCUGGCAAGUUGUCUGAUAACCGAUCCUGCGGGUACCGAGGUGGCUCUGACGGGGGCCAGGGCUUCUUCCGUGGGGGCCAAGGCCAGGGCCAUGGGUUCUCCAGAGGAGGAGGGGACCGCGGCUACGGGGGGCGCCGGUUUGAGUCCAGGAGUGGGGGCUAUGGAGGCUCCAGAGACUACUACAGCAGCCGGAGUCAGGGUGGCAGCUGCGGUGACCAGAGCUCGGGCGGGUCCUACAGAGACAGCUACAACAGUUAUGCUACGCACAACGAGUAAAAAUCCUUCCUGCUCAAGAUCAUCCUUCCAAUGGCUGUAUAUUUAAAGAUUUUGGGAGCUCCACUGAAUCGUUAUUGUGUAGUGAUCAUACCUCCUUGUAUCCACUUUUGUAGUCUUACUGGUUCUGAUCUUGUCAAACACAGCCUGACUGCUUCUGGCCCCCAGAUGGCCUUGUUACUACACUUUGCUUAAGGA